CUGCUCUAUUUGAGGACUUUGUAGAAACUGAAGGAAUUAAAACAGAAAGUAGAAUUGGAUCCUCUGUCUCAGCAUGCAAGAAGUAAUUACCAACCACUGCAUACCGGGAACACCCUUCAAGACCUGCUGUUUUGGAGAUGCUCUGACCCAGUCAUCUAGUCAUCACAAUUUGGCCCUUGUCAAAGUCGGUCAGAUCCUUACGCAUGCCAUUUUUCCUGCUUCCAACACAUCAACUUCGAGAACCAACUGUUCACUUGCUGCCUAAUAUAUCCCACCCCUUGACAGGUUCUGUGCGACAGCGUGUUAGACACAUGCGAUUAUUGGCUAAAGAAUGACAAGGUGCUCAGCAGAGUCAGUUUCCUCGAGGACCAACAUGAUGGAGGCUGUACUAUCUGUUUUGUGAGCUUGGACAUGAGUGUGUCUGACUGCCACGACAACAUCUGCCUCAAGAAGCUGGCAUCUGUGUCUCCUGAUCUGCCACGUCUGGUUGAGGGUCUUGUUUCUCGGCCACUCAAAGAACAUGAAAUUCUGCUGCUGAAUGGCCUAGAGUCACCUGAAACUUGCCCACAUGACCUCACCCACUCACACAGCCAGAGAGCUGCUGAUGUGUGUGUGGUUCAGAGUGCCAGUGGGUGUCGCCCAGUUAAGUCAGACAGCCUCAUACUUCAGAUCAACAAGUUCCUGAUUGGUCUACAGUCUGGGCAGGAGAGGCAGCGGCAUGUACGAUUGGCCAGUCAACGUGUCUGUGAUGAUGACACAAAUCGUUCUGUUUCAUCCAUAGAGGAGGAUUUCCUCACAGCCUCCGAACAUCUGGGGGAAGAAAGUGAGGAUGACAAAAAUGAUGCAGAUGGUGGAGUUUUAGUAGAAUCAACCAAGAUGCUGAAGACAGAACAAACUAACAAGAAGAAUAUGGUGGAAAGAGAAGACAGUGAAGACUCGGAUACCCUUUGUGCUUCCUGCAAAUCCCAUAAAGUUUCCAGAACUUCCAACAGAUGUGAUAUCACUCCUAAAAAUAGCAAACAAACCAACAAAGAGUCAAAUUAUGCCUCCAGUCUUGCUGAAUCCGUUCUGCAGGAUGCUUUUAUCUACCUUUCUCAAGACGAGUCAUCCUUUUCCACUGAGGCAGCAGUGUCUAUCUCCAGCUCUCCAAAAAAAUCAACUGAUGAGCCCAAUCGAACAAGAACACACUCCUUUGAACUUCCAAAAAUUGUGAUAGUCCAGAGUCCCGAUAACUGCGAUGAGCCGUCUGAAUGGCCUGGAACACAAUCCUUUGGUGUACCUGAAAACCAGGAUGUGCAAGAGAUGGGAACUCAGCAGCACUGGCAUCACAGCUCACCAAUUAGACACACGGCUAAGCCUGUGGAGAUAGCUUUAGCAUGUGCUGCUAGCAUCAUUGGCACAAUUAGCAACCCACAGGUCACAAAACAACUAGUGCUAGAAUCGGCAAAGAAUGAGGAGGAGAAAGAUGAAGAAGAGGACAGAGAGACAGAGCAAAUAGACCAUUCAUUACCUUCUGCAAUAUGUGCCAUGUCCCAACUUGCAGAAGCAGUAGAUCCAGUAGGUGCAACUGAAGAUUCAUGUGAACUGUCUGCAACAUCAAUGGGACUGCUGUCAGCAGCUCAAGCAUCUACAGCCAUUACUUUACACUGCAAUGUAGCAGAAGGAUCUAGUAUGGACACAUUUAGAUCCACUGUGGCUGAGAUUCUCUUGAAGGAAGCUUUAGAAGUCCUCAUCCACAAACAGAGCUACACCAGCAUAGCAAACUUCUUGGAGACCACACAUAACAAGAUUGUGGAUGGCAUCAUGGAUCCAAGAAGGUCCUAUCAGAACCAUUUGGUGGGGGACAGUUUUACUCAAGAAUUAGCAGAGAGUAUGUUUAAAUAUGCACUGGAGAAAGCUAUAAAAAGAAAAGAGCUUAGAGGGAAGGAUGCCCCCAACAUCCACUGCUUCCUCCUGGAGAGUGUAAACAGCUUGCUCUUUGAUGUUCUUUGUGCCACAUCAAGAAAAUUUGGUGACAUUUCAAAAUGUACCCCAGAGUUAUCAGAUAGGAAAAAGAGUGAAGACAGUGAAAAAGAAAAUGAAACCACCACCAAGCCUGGAGGAGAAGCAAUAAGCCAAGUACAGCAUUUGACUGAACUCAAACAGCCUGAAAAUACCAAUGAGGUAGAAAAGCUUUCUUUACUUGCAGGAAAAAAGGAAAAAGAGCAGAGAGGCAUGCAAGCAGAGAAAGAUAAUGAAUCAAAUGUGAAUGAGCCCACCAAACAUACUCAAAGCAGAACUACUACUGCCACAACCAGGGAAGCUGAAGUCAGGCAACAGAUUUUCUCUUCGUCUACAGGAACUCUGGUGCUGUCUAAAACAAAUCAAGGUGAGUCCAAGACUUCUGUUGUAUGUUUUGCUGAAGACUUGGCAACCACUGUGGUCUCAAUGGCUACAGAGCUGGCAGCAAUAUGUCUGGAAAAUUCGAGUGGCAAGCAACCCUGGUUUUGUGCCCUGAAGGCAGGAUCUGAAGGGUCCGAGGGGCUCCUGUUGCCCUGCCGCACAGUUACACCUUUCCGGAGAAAAGAGACACAAAAUGGAGUGGUGAUUGCCAAAAAACACCGUGCACCUCGCCUCAGUGAGAUCAAACGCAAAACUGAGGAGCAACCUGAGCUCAUGGAGCGACUGGUGAACCGUGUAGUUGAUGAAACAGUCAAUCUUGAUGAUCCAGCAAUCUCAGACCCUUUCGCACUUUUUGCCUCAGAGGUCACAGCCAGGAUAAUGAACUGUCCUGAACUGAAUGUAGUGGACACAUCCAAACCAGGCCAGUCAUCUCGCAGCCGGCUGCAAUGUGAGAGAUGGAGCAGUCGUGGAAAAGCCUCCAGCUAUGAAAGUAUCCCUGAGGAAGAAGCAGAUACUUCUGGAGCACCCAAGACCCUAGAUCCAGGAAGCAGACUGGGUCACAACCUGAGUCGCGGAAGCUCAAUAUCUAAACAGUCCAGCUGUGAGAGCAUUACUGAUGAGUUUUCUUGUUUCAUGGUGAACCAGAUGGAGACAGAAGGCAGAGGGUUUGACCUACUGCUGGACUAUUAUGCUGGGAAAAAUGCUAGCAGCAUCCUAGCAGCUGCUGUUCAACAGGUGACAAGCAAGAAAAAUGGUCACCUCAAUGUCACCUCAAUGUCGGCUUGCCUGUCCAAACAGUCUAGCACAGAAAGCAUUACUGAGGAAUUUUAUCGCUACAUGCUCAAAGAUCUGGACAAGGAGAAUAAAGAUUACAGGAUAACUAAGACCAAAGAUUGGAGCAACAGCCUUUUGCCUCCACCCUCCAGAACCCCCUUCUGCAUCCGUCAAUCAUCUGUUCCGGACAGACGAUCAUCUGACUCAAGGCUAACUGUAAACUCUCCCAUUAAGGCCAACUCAUUUGAUGGAUUUGCUCGAAAUGUGCAUGGUGACUCUCUCAACAUUUAUCCAUCCAACUCUGUGUCAUCCACAGGAUUAUGUAAAUCCGAUUCCUGUUUAUACCAGCGUGGCCAGACAGACCAUAUUACAGACAUGCUCAUCCAUGAGACCUGGGCCAGCUCUAUUGAGUCUCUGAUGCGUAAAAACAAAAUAAUAUCUGAACCCUCAGAGGACGGCACAGAGCAGGACUCCUCCGAAUCUCAACCGCAUGUCCAGCUCUUUGCUAAUCGACUAGCCACAGACAUUGUUGAGAGUGGCAAGUCACUUAUUGGAUGCCAGCAGGAAGUAAUGGCUAGUCCUGCUUCAGUUGGUGAGAGGAGGCAGGGUUUUAUGCAGUCUUGCUCAGGAAUUGGCCAAACCUGGUCCCAGCAAGAGAGUGCAAAUCGUGGACAGAGGGAGGUUCCUUUGAUUCACAUUGAGCCAGAUCAAAAAGAUGAAGGGUCUGAAGACAUGGAGUGCAAUAAUCACCUCAUCAGAGAUUCAAAUGCCAAUGUUCAACCUCAAAGUAGCAAAGAAAAAGUAAUGUCAAUCCAGAACAGGGACAACAGCAACAGGACACCCACAGCACCCUCUACUUGUGUGGAAGGGACUUGUCGCUCUCUCAGCACUAGCAGUGAUGAAAGUGGCUCAGGUGGUUGGGCUCAAGUUGCCCCUGAUGAAGAUCCACAAGAGGAAACCACUUGUAGUUUUAUUCAUCUAAGUGAAGGAAAUGGUAACAGUAGUGCAUCUAGUCUUGGCGUUGCGGAUCUCGAGGGCUUUCCAGAAAGCUUCAGCUCCACUGGGCUAAACAGUGAGGAGAAACUGAAGGUACUACAGAGUCAGGAACAAGCAGAUGAGGUGACCUCAGGUCUGUCCACAGCAGGAAGUAGUUGUCACAGAGAGCUGCAGGUGAUGAACUUUGACCUGGAAGUGGAAGGUGUGGAUAGAGAGAUGCGAGCAACACUGCAGUGGAUUGCAGCAUCUGAACUUGGUAUCCCUGCACUGUACUACAGAAAAACACUCCAGCACAAACACACCAAGUUUCAGAAAGUGGUGCACCUGGCUGCUCAGAGAUCCUGGUGUGUAGGAGAUUUAUUCAGUCUUGUGUUGCAGUUUUGCCGACUCCACAGUGAGGGUGAAGAAGAGCUUGGUCUGUUCGACUGGCUUCUGAAAACACAGCGCUAACACACAUACACACACACACACACACACACUGUGGCAAUGGCCCUUUCUGAAGAGCCCGAAAUCUGUAACCACUGUGUAUGUCCCACGCUAGGGUCCGAAAGUCUCUCUCUCUCUCUCCCCCUCUCUCUCUCUGAUUCCCAUUCUCUCUCUAUCUCUCUUGCUUCCCCUUUCUGAAACUCUUAUUCUCUCUCUGUUUGUCAAUUGGCUUUUACAUGUUCUCAUUCCCUCUCCAUAACACUGAAUUACGAGGUCAUCUUAGCCAUGCCCUCUGCUUCACAGACACUCUGUGAUUGGAGGAUUUAUUUCCCCUUUAAUUAUCCAAUCUGCCAAUCAAAUCUGCAAAGGAUGAUCAAUCCCACAUUCCGGUAGGCAGGAUAGUUAUAAAAGCCAGCCAUUUUGUAGCUUGAAAAUGUAUAAAUGUAUUUCAAAUGGUGUUUUGUUCAAAGAUAUCAAAUCUAUCUGGAUAUGAAAUGAAAUAUUGAAUAUGACAGAUUAUCACUUGUUUAUAAUAAUUUGAGUACAGCACUCCACAGAAUAGGGAAGGAUUUUGUUUCAAUUAUACUUUUACAAACACAGCUGCUCGUUUCUGUAGUACAUUUAGAGGUGUGUUACAGUAUGUUAGGUGUAAAAUGAUUUAUUUUAGUUAGGUGUAAAUAGGGAAGUUUACAGAAGUGAUUUACAGUAAUAGUGCAUGAGUAAGGUUUCAUUUGUCAUGUAAAAAUCUGUAUAUGUGAAAUUCAGUGUGUGAAUUUUAAUUGCAUAAUAACAGUAGCGUUCUGAACGUCAGCAAGGAAAGCACAAAGGCAUCCAAUCUGUGACUGUAUAUCUGAAUGUAUUUAUCUUUUCAAAAUCAAUAAAAUUGUAUAAGAUUAUUUCAGUAAUGGUCCUUUAUUUAAUUUUUUUCCUGUGUCAUUCCACUUUAUUACACAUUUUAUUUAUGGACUUUAAUGUUGUGAAUUCUUUGAUGUCUGGUGAAAAUU